GACUACGUCUUUUUGUUUAUUUCAAUUUAUUUUUAAUCUGACAUUGACGAUUCAAUUUUAAUUUUUACAACCUAAUUCGCCCCCAAAAAAGAAAUCAUUCACGAUGGCCGCGGCUAACGUGUCGUUAUCAUUGCCGCAGAUGAUCGAUUACGCGGUCAAUUUCCCGGAUAAUGGAAACGUAAAUUACAUUUUGAUCCAAUCGGUUCUUCAGGUUCUCGUGCAACAAUUGGAGUUGGAUAAGUGCAACGUUGAGUUUAAAGGGAAAGAUGGAGACGUUGUCAGAAAGAUUGUCGAGUGUACAAAGAACACGAGCAAACUCACCGUAAAAGAAUUCGUGGUAACCCCGCAAAAAGAUGCAGGGAAACGAGUUAAUCGCGGAAAAAAGGAUGCGGACCCAAACGCUGUUAAUAUUGAUGACGCCCCAGCCGAUUUAAAAACGGUUGUUGUGUUGGAAAGGGAUGGCACAAGCGAUGAUCCCAACGCCAUGAUUCUUUCGAAGGAAGGCAUGGAUAAAUUGCAUAAAGAAAUCGACGACUUAAAACAGGCCUUAAAAGAAUUAGCGGAGAUGCCAGCUAAUCGCACCUUAAUCGAUGCUAUUCGCCAAUCGGAAAGCGGUAAAGGAGCCCCAAUUUUAGAAGUAUUCCAAUCGGUUUCAUUAGUAAAGAGAAUGGACGCAACUGAUGAGCAAGUCGAAAAGUUAGCCAAGAUGCUUGACGAAUUAAUUCGGAGCAACCCAAAUUUGGGGUGCCCUCCUGGAGCUGACGCAAGUCUCACUAUUUGCGAUGUGUUGAAAUCUUUAGACGAGAGAUUAUCUCGUAUCGAAGCUGAUGGAGGCGGUGGCGGCGGUGCAGGGGCCGAUGGAAUGGAUGGCGGAGGAACCGUGAUUGGAGAAGUUCCCGAUUUCGCCGACAUGACCCUCGACGAAUUUAAAAAAGCCGUUUACGACCAAUUAGUCGAGAUAAAAACGGACCUUAAAAAACUGUUUCGUAUGUGCGCCAGAAGAAAAUCGGUGAAGGAAGGUGAGGGUGGUGGUGGGGCCGAUGGCGACACUGAAGAUCGUUUAUGCGAUUUAGAAUCGCUGUUUGAAAAGAUAACGGAACAACUCUCUUCAUUGGAUACCACGUUUAACAAUGAAUUUGCAAAUUUACAAGCGCAAUUCGCUGAAAUGGAGAAAGAAUUUGGGAGCCUUAUGGAAAAGAUUCAUGUUGGUUCAACGAUGGGUGAUGGACAAGUUUCGGGCGAAACCGUUGGGGAGUUGUAUGAGAAAAUUAUGGCGAUUCAAACCGAUAUGGAGAAUUUGGCAGAAACCGCUUCGAAAUUAAUGGAAGAUAAAGAAGCUAAAGAGAAACUUAUGGAUCUUCUCACCGAACAAAUCGAUUUACUCAAAACAAUAAAAGCAGAUAAAGAAGAAUUAGAAGAUGCCCUCGCCGAUAAAGCGGACGCUUGCGCGAUUAAUCGCAAAGUAUCUCACGAUCAAUUCGAUACAGCUUGCGAUGAACUCUCGAAGGGCAUCGAGGAAGCGUUAGCCAAGUUAACGCAACAAGAGGAGUUGUGGCAAGCCGCUUUGGAUGAGAUUCAACGAGAAAUCGGAAAUAAAUUGGACCGCAUGGAACUUGGACCUCUCAGAGACUUCAUUAAUCAAAAAUUAAAGAUCCUCCAACAAAAACUUAAAGCUUUAACAGCGUUGAAACAAGAAAACGAAGCAGCCGGAACAAAGAAAUGCUUAAAGAACGUUCAGUGCAUAUCUUGCGAUAAAGAUGUGGUUAUGAGGAAAGAAUUAGAUCCUUCGGUUCUCCCCCAACCUUAUGCGUUACCCCCAACGAAGAAUAUGGGGCCGUAUUUAGCGUACGAAUUAGACGCCUUGAGGAAACAACAAAAAGCUUUACCUAACAGUAGGAAUUUGAAUCAUUUCGAGACUGCCAUGCAAUCUAAAUCACCGAAAGGGGAUGAUCAUAUUUGUAACCGUUACUGCGGAGGGAGUCACACAAUAACGACUCCACAACAACGAGUGACUCGUUUAGGGCACUUUUUGAAUCAAUGGGGCCCGGAGGCGCAACCCGUUUGCGAGCAAAAGGAGGAUGAUGUUCCUUUGGUGGUGACGGGACGUGGAGGAGUCAGUGAUAGGAAAGGAUCUGCUUCUAAAGAAGGCGCCGCCGGAGAUGCUCCACCAGCUGAUGCGAAGAAAGAUGUAUCAGCGAAAGGAUCAAAAACGUCUCGGGGAUCGAAAACUUCAGCGGGGAAAGUUUCACCGAAAGGAUCCGCGACUAAAAAACCAUCCCAAACUAGUAAUAAAUCAGGAGGGGCCAAACAAAGCUCGAAAGUAAAUGUACCUGAAAAGAUUCCGGAAGAACCGGAGGGGAACCCUCCACCGCAAGAAGCACCCCCUGAAGGAGCUCCAGCUGAAGCUCCACCUGAGGGUGGAGAAGCCCCAGCUGAGGCUCCCCCUGAAGGCGGAGAAGCCGCCCCUGCUGAAGCUCCCGCUGAAGGCGGUGAAGCCCCCCCUGCUGAAGCUCCAGCUGAUGCUCCCGCUGAAGCUCCAGCCGAAGCCCCCGCUGAAGCAGAAUAAUUUUUUAAAAUUAACAUCAAAAUCGUGCGUAUAUAUUAUUAAAAUCUUUUUUUUUACAUAAACCACUAA